AUGACAAUUUCUUAUACUUGGUGGAAAGAUGCCACCAUUUAUCAAAUCUGGCCUGCUUCUUAUAAAGAUUCCAAUGGUGAUGGUAUUGGGGAUAUUCAAGGGAUCAUCUCUACUUUAGAUUAUCUUAAAGAUUUAGGAGUUGAUAUUAUUUGGUUAAGUCCAAUGUAUGAUUCUCCUCAAGAUGAUAUGGGAUAUGAUAUUAGUGAUUAUGAAUCUGUUUAUCCAAAAUAUGGUACUUUAGAUGAUAUGCAAACUUUAAUUGAUGGUUUACAUUCUAGAGGUAUGAGAUUAGUAUUAGAUUUAGUUAUUAAUCAUACUUCAAGUGAACAUGCUUGGUUUAAAGAAUCAAGAAGUUCUAAAACUAAUCCAAAGAGAGAUUGGUAUGUUUGGAAACCACCAAAGAUUGAUGAACAUGGUAAUAAACAACCACCAAAUAAUUGGGGAUCUCAUUUCUCCGGUUCAGCUUGGAAAUAUGAUGAAUUAACUGAAGAAUAUUAUUUAAGAUUAUUUGCUCCAACUCAACCUGAUUUAAAUUGGGAAAAUCCAAAAGUUAGAGAUGCUCUUUAUGAUUCAGCUUUAAAAUUCUGGUUUGAUAGAGGUGUUGAUGGUUUUAGAAUUGAUACUGCUGGUUUAUAUUCUAAAGAUCAAAGAUUUCAAGAUGUUCCUGUUAUUUUCCCUGAUAAGACUUACCAACCAUCUGAUUUAUAUACUCAAACUGGUCCUAGAAUUCAUGAAUUCCACAAGGAAAUGUAUUCUAAAGUUACUUCCAAUUAUGAUGUUAUGACUGUUGGUGAAGUUGGUCAUUGUUCAAGAGAAGCAGCAUUAAAAUAUGUUAGUGCUAAAGAAGGUGAAAUGAAUAUGAUUUUCUUAUUUAAUGUGGUUGAAGUUGGAUCAGUUAGAGGUGAUAGAUUUAAAUAUAAUGGUUUCAAUUUAAUUGAUUUCAAAAAAGCGGUGGAAAGUCAAGGUGCUUUUAUUGAAGGUACUGAUGCUUGGUCAACUGUUUUCAUUGAAAAUCAUGAUCAACCAAGAUCUGUUACAAGAUUUGGUAAUGGUAAAUAUAAAGAUACAUCAGCUAAAUUAAUUUCAUUAUUACAAACUACUCUUACUGGUACUUUAUUCAUUUACCAAGGUCAAGAAAUCGCUAUGACAAAUCUUCCAAGAUCAUGGUCUAUUGAAGAAUAUAAAGAUAUUAAUACCGUCAAUUAUUAUCAUGAAUUCAAAGAAAAAUAUGGUAAAGAUGCAGACUUUGCUGAAAAGGAAAAGAAAUUAAUGGAUGUGAUUAAUCUUGUGGCCAGAGAUCAUUCCAGAUCUCCUGUUCAAUGGGAUAGCUCUGCUUAUGGUGGUUUCUCAACUGUUGAACCUUGGAGUAGAGUUAAUGAUAACUAUAAAGAAAUCAAUGUUGCUUCCCAAAUUGAAGAUUCCAAUUCCGUAUUAAACUUCUGGAGAAAAUCAUUAAAAGUUAGAAAACAAUUCAAAGAUUUAUUAAUCUAUGGAUCAUUCAAAGUUUUAGAUUAUGAAAAUGAAAAGACUUUCACUUACUUAAAGUAUCAAUCUGAUCCAGAAUCUUCAUCACCAAAAGCUUAUGUUGUGUUAAAUUUCUCCACUGAUCCAGUUAAAUUUGAAAAACAUAUCGAAGGUGAGUUCAAAUUGGUUCAUUCCAAUGUUUCUGAUGUUGAUGAAGAAACAUUAUCUCCUUAUGAAGGUCGUAUCUACAUAGUUUCAUAG